GGUAGGCUAUCGGUGGUGGGAUAGUUGAGUGGCCAAUAGUAGAAGAAAAGAGCGACCGAGUUUUCGUAUUGAGAUGCGGUACAAGCCAUCACAUCCGUAAUGCGAACGUUCUCUCUUCCGCUGUCCUACGAUCUUUCUCUCUACUAAGUACUAUAUAUCAUUAUAUAUGAGGAAUCGUUUCUCUUUGUAUCGUUGCUCUAUUAUCCGUCUUCUAUUGCUAUCAAGACGACGAUAUUUUUCAUUUCAAUUUGACUACUUCUACACUUAGGUACCAUGUCUAACAUCACAAUGACUGAGUUGCCCGAAACCAAGGGAGAAUGGCUGAACUAUACUAAAAAGUAUGGAAUGCUUGAUCCCCUCCAUACCUCUAUUCACGACGCCAAUUAUGAUACGAACUCUGGCUCCAGGGGAGGAGAUCAACAAAUAUUGGGUCUCCGCGUUCUUUGGCCGGCGCCGAAGAUACCUAUGUUCCCCUCUUUCCUAUCUACCGAGGCUCCGCAAAUAGUUCCUCAGAAAUAUCUUUCUUGGGCUGAAUCUCGUCUUCGGCGCCUUGAUUGCUGGAAUGCAUUUGUGAGAUGGGUCAAAGACAAGCCAGAGAGCCUAGCAACCCCCGCAGGCGAAAGAUUAGGACCAUUUGCCCUCGUUUACCAAUCACAUACUUAUACACAAGUCCUUAAUGGCAACGAUGAUUACACCAAACUGGAUUUUAGUCCAAUUGCCACCAGAACUCGGGCCCGUGUGGCUCUGUCUAGUCAGCCACUUCGCCCUCAGACCCCAUCCACCCCAACUCCUUUGCGCACAGGGGAAGAACUCGUUGGGACUCCGUCCGCUAUGGAUAUAGAUCAGUAUGAAGAAAUGAUGGACGAAACGAUGUCUUCACCCGUCUCUAUCCCCCAAGUAGAUUCCCCUGCAACCGGCGAGGAGGCGAAGCAUGCAGGCGGGGCAAAUAACGAGCAGGAGGUGGUUAUCUCCGCCGUCCAGAUGCAAAGAUCUGUAUGCCUUCAUGUGGAGGAAGUUCAGAAGGCGAAGUGGACGGCCGACCAAGAAGAGUUCACGGUGAGGGAUAAUGGUGGUAAGAAGGUCUUCACUGCUAAAACGGAUGGUGCUCUUCACAUUGAUCCUGAUACUCAAAUUUACCAAAUCACCGAGACCAAGAAAGCGCACCGUUACACCCGUGAGAUCAUCGCUGCUCGAGUCAAAGGGCAAGAAUCAUGUCAGAUGUCCGCAUUGAUUGCCUCUCAUCCACCUCCCAACUUACAGCAGAUGCGCGAAAAGGGUCUGACGCAUCGACGCAUUCUUCAUUCCCAUGGCAAGGAUGAAAUUUAUCUUACCGUUGGAUCAUAUGGUGCGGCCUAUGUCGACUAUAUCCGCCACCAGCCGGCCGAGCUGAGUUUUCUAACCAUGCAAGAGUAUGGCCCAUUCCACACAAAAAGCUGGAAAGCAAUGGAAGCAUACACUAUCCUCCUUCUAGCCCUAACUCUUGAAGAAAUUGACAGGUUUAAAGGGGUAGCCCACGUAUAAAGGUUGUACUUUAUGGCCCCCUGCGAACUCGAGAUUGUCAGAUUCUUACGGCGGCGAGGAGGCGAUUGGUUUCAGAAAGAGAGGAUACAGAGAGAGGAUACAGAAAGAGAAAUCUUAGUUUGGUUUUAGUUUCGUUGCUCACCUUUCACUCACUUCUACAUCUUGUCUUUCAUUCGACAACUACCUAUUUUAUACAUUCUUUCCUAAGCUGUUGAUGUGGAUCGAAGGAUGAUUUGGAUAUUCACUGUUCAUUCGUUUAGUUAUGAAAUAUAUGCCAAGAAGAUCAAUAUAAAUCUUUUUGUUGCUUCAA